GCGGCGGCGGCGGCGGCGGCGGGCACCCCGCGUCGGAGCUGCCGGCGCCCCGCUUGUGCCACAUGCGUCCCAGUCAUGACGGAGGCCCAGUAUGUGCUGUGCAGGUGGGAGCAGCGCCUGUGGCCUGCCAAGGUGUUGGCCAGAACUGAGACGUCCACCAAAAAUAAGAGAAAAAAAGGAGUUUUCCUAAGCGUUCAGAUACUCUCCCUAGAUGAAAAAAUUGAGGUGAGAAGCACAGAAGUGGAAAUCCUGAAGACGGCACACAUCGAACGGAUCGCUUCCUCCCUGGCGUCCCAGGGUGAGGUUCCAGCUGAACCCCUGGAGGAGCUGGCCUACAGACGCUCACUCCGAGUGGCUUUGGAUAUUUUGAACCAGAGAACCGGUUUGCCUCCAGAAAGCUCUUCAAGGGAAGAAAGAACUGCUCUGUCCUCACGAGAGAAGCCCACGGAACUGGCCUCCUCGCUCUGUGACCCCAGCUCUUCUUGUCCGGAAGAUGUGCCGAGCAGUUCUGGACCUCAGAGGAGGGAACGUGUACACUCAAGGCUGUCAGGUUCACCCACCUGUCGAAAGGACCCCAAGGGCAAAGUGGACCACAAGAAGGAGCUCGGGAAAAGUGGAAGCCCCCAAGCCUUGGUGGUCCCCUCAGCCAGAGGUGGUUCUCAGGAUGGUGGUGGAUCGAGAACGUGCUGCAGAAGUAGGACAACCCCGAAUAAAAGGGGAAGAAAUCUAGCGCAGGAGCCCAGCUUGUGUCAGAGAGCACUUUCAGUCUCGGGGGGAGAUGGCGAAAAAGAGAGCAGCCUGCCAACCUCGGGCUCACCUCCCAGAGUUAGGGAGAAGGGUCUGUGCGCCAAAGGGGAAGACCCGGGUUUGCCAUGGUGUGGCCCUGCGGUGCCCCCGGCCCCGGGGCGCCCAGCCUGCCCAGAUGCCCGAGGCCGCCCUGCCAAGCGGCCCUGCCCAGAUGGCAGCCAGAGGCUGCCCGCCACACAGCUGGAGCCGGGGGCAGCACCAUGCCCCAGGCAGGGGCCCCAGGAAUGCAUGACUCUGCGCAGCGCUGCCAAACUCGGCCUGCCUGCCCCCUGUGCUUCCACAGAGGAGACAAAUCUUCACAGCCUGGUGGAGGAAGGUAAAGACCGACAGUCCUCCGGAGACUCAAUGGAGUUUAAUCCCAUUCACUCCAUCCUGGAGGAAGAUGAGGAUGAUGAGGAGCCACCCAGAAUCCUCUUAUAUCACGAACCACGCUCCUUUGAAGUUGGAAUGCUGGUCUGGCUUAAACACCAGAAAUACCCGUUCUGGCCGGCGGUGGUCAAGAGCGUCAGGCGGAGAGAUAAGAAAGCCAGCGUGCUCUUUAUCGAGGGGCACAUGGACCCAAAAGGAAGAGGCAUCACGGUGUCUCUCAAAAGAUUGAAGCACUUUGACUGUAAAGAGAAACAAGAACUUCUGAAUGAGGCCAAGGAGGACUUCGACCAGGCCAUCGGCUGGUGCGUCUCCUUGAUCACCGACUACAGGGUCCGGCUCGGCUGUGGCUCUUUUGCUGGCUCUUUCCUUGAAUACUACGCUGCCGACAUCAGUUAUCCCGUCCGCAAGUCCAUUCAGCAGGACGUCUUGGGGACCAGGUUCCCCCAGCUGAGCAAGGAGGACCCCGAGGAGCCUGCGGCGGGGAGCCCCCAGGGGAGGAGGCAGCCCUGCAGGAAGGUCCUCCCCGACCGCUCCCGGGCCGCCCGGGACCGCGCCAACCAGAAGCUGGUGGAAUACAUCGUGAAAGCCAGGGGCGCCGAGGGCCACCUGCGGGCCAUCCUGAAGAACAGGAAGCCGUCCCGGUGGUUGAACACGUUUCUGAGUUCGGGUCAGUACAUGACAUGCGUGGAGACGUACCUGGAGGACGAGGAGCAGCUGGACCUGGUGGUGAAGUACCUGCAGGGCGUCUACCAGGAGACGGGCAGCAGGACGCUGGCUCGGGUCAAUGGCGACAGGAUCCGGUUCAUCCUGGAUGUCCUGCUCCCCGAAGCCAUCAUCUGUGCUAUCGCGGCGGUGGACGCCGUGGAUUACAAGACGGCCGAGGAGAAGUACCUCAGGGGACCGUCCCUCGGCUACCGGGAAAAAGAAAUAUUCGAUAAACAGCUCCUAGAAGAAAGGAGUCAGCGGUGCUGACGCUGGAGGGCCGCGGCGGUCCGGUCCGGUCCGGUCGGUGGCGGGAGAGCCCUGCCUGCAGGGCCGGGCCUGGGAAGUGCUCGCUUCUCCUCCGGGGGUGCUCUUUUCCUGGUUUUUUGGAAGGUAUUGUUUCUGAAAGGUUUUUGAAACAAAAACGUGUUUUAUUUUGCUCCAUAUCAUUACCUGUGACUGUACUGUAUUGUUGAAUAUAAGGUGCGCACUUGGUUUUUUAUGUUAAAAAGCACUGUAUCCACUAUUAAACAGGAGUUUUGAGAAAGUC